AUGUCGUGGAGGAGCAAUGCGCAACGCACUGGUAUGAAUGCCCAGCCGCUUCAGGGCGCAAGGCGCUGGGGCGGCGCAGGAGGCGCAGGCGAAGGUCCGUCCAGUUCCGGUUCGCCGCCUUCCAGCUACCACCAACCAUCCCACCCUUACCAGUCUUCCUACUCGCACCAAUCACAGCCUUACAAUGCAGCACCAGCACCACCGACAUCCUCCUCCUCGUCAUCCUCGAAUCCAAGAGAUGCUGCGCUAGCUGCUGCAGCCGCCGUCGCUGCAAGCAUUGGCAUCAAGCGCGAUCGCGAUCGCAGUUCGGAUGCACCUGGCUCCAAUUCCUAUGCGGCUCCCUCCUUGCUUACUUCAGCAAGCACAGCAGACGGGUCAGGCGCAGACGCUGGUCCUCGCAAGCGCAAAUCUCGAUGGGGCGACGCCAACGACAAGAUCACCAUCCCCACCGCUAUUGGCGCAAACGUCUCUGCUCAAGAACUCGACAAGUACGCCAUCCAGGUGCGCCUCGAUGAGAUCUCGCGUAAGCUACGAUCUGGCGACUUUGUUCCACCAGAUCGCGAGCGUUCGCCAUCUCCUCCUCCCACCUACGACAACCAAGGCCGUCGUACCAACACGCGCGAAGUACGUUACCGCAAGAAACUUGAAGAUGAGCGCGUCGCUCUCGUCGACCGCCAACUCAAGCUCGAUCCCAACUUCCGUCCUCCCUCCGACUACCACGCCAUCAAACGUAACCAACGUCCCACCGAAAAAGUGUACCUACCCAUCAAAGAGUUCCCCGAAAUCAAAUUCUUCGGCUUGCUCGUCGGGCCAAGAGGAAACACGCUCAAGACCAUGGAACGCCAGAGCGGUGCCAAGAUCUCUAUCCGUGGCAAAGGCUCCGUCAAGACAGGCAAAGGAAAAAUGGACGCCGACGAAGACGAGGAAGAGAUGCACUGCGUCGUCACCGCCGACGACGAAGCUUCCGUCAAGAAAUGCAUCAAACUCAUCAACCAGGUCAUUGAAACCGCCGCUUCCACCCCCGAGGGUGAGAACGAUCACAAGAGGAAUCAGCUUCGUGAACUCGCCGCUCUCAACGGUACUCUGCGCGACGACGAGAAUCAGCUCUGCAAAAACUGCGGUAACAAGGGUCAUCGUGCAUUCGAGUGUCCUGAACAACGCAAUUGGACAGCUCACAUCAUAUGUCAUCGUUGCGGAGGUCAGGGUCAUCUCGCGCGCGAUUGCACACAGGGUCGAGCGGGAGCUUUCAACGGUGCUCCUCCUGGAGCUGCAGGCACUGGCAAUCGGCAAUUCGACUCAGAGUAUGCAAACCUGAUGGCAGAGCUCGGCGAACCUGCUGCAGCGGUAGAUGGUGCAGCUACAGCAGCGGGCGGAGCAGUGGGCGGAGCAGCGGUGGGACCCGAUGGCAAGAAAAUUCCACCCUGGCGCAACCCAGAAGUGUGGUCUCAACCUGGAUUCGGCGCGCCACGUGGUGGUGAUGCAGGUCGUGGUGGAUGGGGACAUCGUGGAGGCUACAACAACCGAGGCGACCGCGCCGGUUACAAUCAACACCAACAGCAGCAGCAUCCGCAUGCGUACCAUCAACAGCAGCAGGCAUAUCCAGCUUAUGACCAGUCUGCGCCGACAGCUGCGCCAGGUGGUGCAGAGAACGCAGAUCAACAACAUCGAGACUACAGCGCCGAAUGGGCAGCUUACUAUGCUGCUCAAGCUGCCGCUGGUGGCGCACAAGGCGCGGAUCCCAGUGCAGCAGCAGCGGGAACAACAGCAGCAGCGGAAGGUGCCGUGGACUAUUCCAAAGAAUGGGAAGAAUACUAUCGUAUGCAGGCGGCUGCUGCUGCUCAGGAUGGGAGUGCCUAUGCGGCUGGUACUCAGGCUUGA